AUGGAAGACCACCUAUUUCAACGGACCAAGGACGACGAAAGGGCGGCGCCUUCUAUCGAAGAUAUUGCCUUCCUGAACAUCAUGGAGCUGGGAGCCGAGAAAGACAAAGACCACAGCUGGGUUGCUCCUCUACCCUUUAGAUCUCCCCGACGUCGUCUCCCAUAUAACAGGAAACUGGCAGAGAGUCGACUUUCUUCACCGAGACGUAGCCUCGAUAAGAAACCUGCGAUACAAAGACUCUUUACACGUAGGGGCGUUUUAUCGACACUCAACAGUCUGUAUGACCCCUUGGGAUUUGCUGCCCCCGUCACCAUUCAAGGAAAGUUAAUCUUGAGAGAGCUAAUCCAUGAAAACAGCGAGUGGGACUCACCUCUUCCUCAAGAAAUGCACAAAAUCUGGUCUUCAUGGAGAGACUCCUUGGAAGCGCUAAACGAGGUCCGAAUCCCUAGGGCCUUCACAAACAUACCACUCUCAAAAGCAGUACAUAAAGAGCUGCACAUCUUUUCCGAUGCAUCGACCAAAGCCAUCGCUGCAGUGGCCUAUCUCAAGGUCACCGACGAUAAAGGAAACAACCAAAUUGGCUUCGUCACGGGGAAAGCGAAACUUGCCCGACCCGAACAUUCAGUUCCCAGACUGGAGCUCUGUGCCGCCCUCCUGGCAACCGAACUGAGUGAACUAAACACCUCCUCAGACCCGUUGCCAGGAUUGUCCUUCUCUGUGACGAGAACUAGCACAUUCCUUGACGUCCAAGACGUCAGGCGGGGAGUGUUCUGUUCUGUGUACAACAGACCUACUAGCACCCAUCUCCCUUUAUCGGCCCCUUUGCUUGGGGGCUUCUUUCUGACCCUACACCGGUUGAAGGUUCCCGGUGCUCAGCCUCUAUCCAGUUUAGCUGCCCCCAGCACGGCCACAUGGCAUGCCCCCAGCUUGGCUGCAUGGCAUAGUUUUCAUCCUUUAAAUAUCUCGUCAUUCUUGGACAUCUCCGGUAAGAACUAUCGCCUUUCUUCCUUCCUAUUAUGGAAUUAUUUAAUACAAGCAUUAUUUUUUAGUAUCAUUUCCUUCCUUAAACGAACUUUGUUUACCUUCUCACCACGUGCGGAACCUCCACCUUUCCUCUCGGAACUUGACUGUUACUCAGCAUAUUUUGUAUUCUUUUUCUUUCUAUGA